AUGUCGCAAGAGUUUGUGGAAGACUAUUCACGUACAGGAUCCUCAGACGACGAGGAUAGUGGGGCAUAUGACGAGUGGAUUCCAUCGUUCUGUUCCAGGUUUGGCCACGAAUAUUUCUGCCAGGUGCCCACCGAGUUUAUCGAGGAUGAUUUCAACAUGACCUCGUUAUCUCAAGAGGUACCUCACUACCGUAAAGCCCUGGAUUUGAUAUUGGAUUUAGAGGCUAUGAGUGAUGAGGAAGAGGACGAGGCAGAUGUGGUGGAAGAAAACGAAAUAGAUCAAGAGAUGCAAAGUAAUGACGGUCACGAUGAAGACAAAAAGCGAAACAAGUCCCCCGUGGUGAACAAGAGCAUCAUCGAGCAUGCAGCGGAACAAUUAUACGGCUUGAUUCAUGCAAGAUUCAUUUUGACUAAGCCAGGCCUACAAGCAAUGGCCGAGAAAUUUGAUCACAAGGAGUUCGGGACCUGCCCCCGUUAUUACUGUAAUGGCAUGCAAUUGCUGCCUUGUGGCUUAAGCGAUACCGUCGGGAAACACACCGUCAGGUUGUACUGUCCCAGUUGUCAGGACUUGUAUCUUCCUCAGUCAUCUCGAUUCCUUUGCUUGGAAGGUGCUUUUUGGGGAACAAGUUUUCCUGGUGUAUUUUUGAAACACUUCAAAGAAUUGGAGGAGUAUGUGGAAAGGAAGAGUAAAGAAUCAUAUGAAUUGAAAGUCUUUGGGUUUAAGAUAAAUGAUGAGGCAGUAUCUGGUCCAAGAAUGAAGUGGCUGAGACAGUACCCAUCCACAGAGGAAGACUGGGAGGAAUUUUCCAAGUGCGAGUUUGAGACACCUGCAGUUUAA